GGAGAAGCACGUCACUAAGCUGGGCUCAGACACUGAGCUGAAAUAUCUAAGCGUAAAACCAUGUCCCUGACUCAGCAAACAUUGAGUUCUUCAAACCCCUUCAUCUUUCACACUCACUUCUUAAACAAUCAUCCUUCAAAACCUCCUCUCUUUCUAUCCACCUCAAAAUCCUUUCCUUCAUUUUCAAUUUCUGCAACUCCUCCUCCUCCUACUCCUCACUCUUCCUCCCCUAUAUUCCUUCCUUUCCUUCAGGAACCCCAACAACAGGAACUGGAAACAGAGAACCCAAAAUCCCAAGAACUUGGAAAAGAAGAAGACGACGUCAAAGACCCAAUUAUCAGAUUCUUCAAGUCACGCCCCUCAACCCCUGACCCACCACGCCAAGGCAAAUUCUCCCUCCAAAAGAACCGCCGCUCUUCAUGGCACCUUGCGCCGGAUAUUCGAUCCUUACCUGACCCCGAAUCUGACUCCGACCCUGAGCCUGAUGGAGAAAACAUAUUCUCAGAAGCAAAACAGCAUUUAGAUUCCACGCCUGAAGACUCCACCGAACUACCUGUAGGCAUUGUGGGAGAUAUUGUACGAAUUGCGAAGAACUUACCGGAGAAUUCAACAUUGGGGGAGUUGUUGGGAGGUUAUCAAGGGAAGGUGAGUCAAAAAGAGUGCUUGGAAGUGUUGGUUUUGAUGGGAAAGGAAGGUCUUGUUUUGGGGUGCUUGUAUUUUUUUGAAUGGAUGGGGUUGCAGGAGCCCUUACUUGUUACGCCACGAGCUUGUUCGGUUCUGUUUCCGGUUUUGGGGAGGGCGGGCAUGGGUGAUAAAUUGAUGGUUUUGUUUAGGAAUUUGCCGCAAAGUAGGGUGUUCAGAGAUGUUCAUGUUUACAAUGCUACCAUUUCGGGGCUUUUGUGCUCUAAAAGGUAUGAUGAUGCUUGGAAAGUGUAUGAGGCAAUGGAAGCAAAUAAUGUUCAACCUGAUCAUGUUACAUGCUCUAUAAUGAUUACAAUUAUGAGGAAAACAGGGCGUAGUGCAAAAGAUGCAUGGGAAUUCUUUGAGCGAAUGAACAGAAAGGGAGUCAAAUGGAGUCCUGAAGUUUUGGGGGCGAUAAUAAAGUCCUUCUGUGAUGAAGGGCUGAAGCAUGAAGCCCUUAUUAUCCAAUCAGAAAUGGAGAAGAAAGGGGUUCCUUCAAAUGCCAUAGUGUACAACACGUUGAUGGAUGCUUAUAGUAAAUCAAACCAAAUUGAGGAAGUGGAAGGCCUCUUUGCUGAGAUGAAAGCAAAAGGCCUCGUGCCCACAUCUGCUACCUUCAACAUACUAAUGGAUGCUUACAGCCGAAGAAUGCAGCCGGAGAUUGUUGAGAAUCUGUUGCUUGAAAUGCAGGAUAUGGGCUUGAAGCCAGAUGCCAAAUCAUAUACCUGCCUGAUUAGUGCUUAUGGGAGGCAGAAAAAGAUGAGUGACAAGGCUGCAGAUGCAUUCUUGAGGAUGAAAAAAGUUGGUGUGAAACCCACUUCACAUUCUUAUACAUCUCUUAUCCAUGCUUAUUCCAUCAGUGGUUGGCAUGAGAAAGCUUAUACUGCAUUUGAGAACAUGCUGAGAGAAGGACUUAAGCUCUCCAUUGAAACAUACACUACUUUAUUGGAUGCAUUUAGACGUGCAGGUGAUACUCAAAUAUUGAUGAAGAUUUGGAAGUUGAUGAUCAGUGAAAAAGUUGAAGGCACACGGGUUACCUUUAACAUUCUUCUCGAUGGGUUUGCUAAACAAGGUCAGUACAUAGAAGCAAGGGAUGUCAUUUCUGAAUUUGGGAAAAUUGGCUUGCAACCAACACUGAUGACAUAUAAUAUGCUGAUGAAUGCGUAUGCACGUGGAGGGCAACACCAAAAAUUGCCACAACUGUUGAAAGAGAUGGCAGCUCUUAAUCUAAAACCUGAUUCUGUCACUUAUUCAACCAUGAUCUAUGCUUUUGUUCGGGUUCGUGACUUUAAGAGGGCAUUCUAUUAUCACAAGCAGAUGGUAAAAAGUGGGCAAGUUCCGGAUGUCAAGUCCUAUGAAAAGCUUAGGGCCAUAUUGGAUGUAAAAGCUGCAAAAAAGAACAAGAAGGACAGGAGUGCUAUACUUGGUAUAAUUAAUAGCAAAAUGGGAAUGGUGAAAGCAAAGAGGAAGACAAAGAAAGAUGAAUUAUGGAAGAACAAGAAAAGGCAUCAUAAAACUCCUGAUGUUGCUCAUGGUGGACGGCAAUGAUGUCAGUUCUGCAUUGUAUGACAGGUUUGAAAAGUUUUGACACUGCAUGAGAUGUGGUAUUCAGAUGGCAAUGAUCAAGUGUUAACACUCAGAUGGUUUGUGAUGAAAGGUGUCAACUUUUGCUCUGAUCCUUUACCCAACAGACAUGAUCUCAUCACUCAGUUACCAGUAAGCAUAUUCUUUUGUAACGUAAGCCUUCAAAUCAUUGCUCUGAUCCUUUAACCAACUAGUAGGUUGGCUACAGCUUAUAUGUGAAUGUGAUCUGGUGUCAACUCAACACUAGGAGCAUGUUAAUUUCAGGAAUCUUGGUGGAUGUCGUAUAGCCACAACUAAUUGAAAAACAUCCCAAUAUUUGGUAAUUGGUCCAAAUGUUGGGCUACAAAAAUCAGUGGGUAAUCUUCUGCCCUUCAAACUUCUAGUGAAGGAGGGAUUCAGUUGUGUAUAUUUGAUAUGAUACGAUAAGGCAAAGAAUUUUUAGCAGAUGCCUCGAGGAAAAGUCAUGGCCUGUAGUGUUAUCUGUCAUCUAGCAACUGGGAUUCAGGUGCACUGGACCUCCCAAGAAUUUCAGCCAUAGAUUUUUGAAUGUGGAUGAUACGUAGCUUCAACUUUGAAGAUAUUUCAUCUCCUCAAUACCUGUAGCACUCUAGGUGAGGCUGUGGGAGUAAAUGAACUACCUUUAGCUCAGCCUCUUUUACGGUAUUAUCUUUUCCUAGGGUAGCUUUUGCAAAUCCUUUCUAAACAGCAGCAUCAGGUGGUGUAGGAUUCCCCAGACCGUAAAAUCUUAGUGUUGUUUUUGUAAUUUCCUUUGUUUUCUUUCUUUAAGCUCAUUGCACCAAACAAAAAAAAAAAGAAAAGAAAAGCAUUAUUGUAGCUUGAGAAGGGCAACUUACAAGCAAUCCUUUCAUCUGUAUCUUGUACCCACCAUCGUAGUUUCCCUGGUUUUGUAGCAAAUUUUUAAUGGCUCCGAGCCAUUGACAUAUCAAUAGAAAUGGGGAGCAUGUCCUCCUAAAGCUUAAA